CGUUCGGUGAAAUGUGGCGAGUGAUCGUAUUUUGUUUUUUCCUCAGCCCCGCGUUCCUUGUUCCCGAUGCCACUUCGGUAUAUUUAUUUCCAUUCUUCAACCAUAGGAUCAUCCUAUCGGAGAAAGUCCCAGUGUUGGAAGAAGGGGAGACUCUGCCGCCUCCAGCUCACGUGGACAACAGGAUAGUGGGGGGAGAGGAGGCGGACAUCAUCGACUACCCCUACCAGGUCUCCUUCAUUGUGAACAACUCGUACUUCUGUGGGGGCAGUAUUAUCAGCGAGAACUAUAUUCUGACUGCCGCGCAUUGUGCUCAAGAUGUGGACCCGUCGACCGUGGUCCUUCGAGCCGGGAGCUCCUUCAGGCGGAACGGCACCAUCAUCCCCAUCGCGGAAGUCACGCCCUUCCCCGACUACGACAACCCGCCCUUCGACAAGGACGUGGCCGUCAUGAAGACGGUGGACCCCAUAGAGUUCAGCGACACCAUACAGCCGAUACCUCUAGCGCCGAGGGAGAGGCAGACGAGGGGAGAGAUCAUGGUUAGCGGCUGGGGACGACUGCAGCAAGGAGCCUCAUCGAUUCCGGAGCGGCUGAUGGCGGUGAAGCUCCCGGUGGUACCGUACUUCCAGUGCUUCUUCGUCUACCCCACAGUGCUGACGCGCAACAUGCUCUGCGCUGGCAACUUCUUCCUGGGCGGACAGGGGACUUGCCAGGGUGAUUCUGGCGGAGCGGCCAUACAGGAUGGUAUGGUGGUUGGAGUGGUCUCGUUCGGGCGGGGCUGCGGGCAGGCGCUGUCUCCGAGCGUCUUUGCUGACGUCGCCUCACCACUUCUGAGAGACUUCAUCAGUGAGCAGACUGGGUUGUAAAGGAAGGGC